AUGGGCAAACUUGAGGAAACGCUCCAGGAAUUUCUGACCGAGGCGGAACGGUCGUCCACAUCGGCGGUCGCCCUGUGUCAACAAGAUCAGCUGGUCAAAGCCAUCUUCCAAGUGCUCGAAGAAGCCCAGUACCACUCGAAAUACCUAGAAGCAGUCUGUGAGCAAUUAUUCAAGUUCUGCCGCUCAGACAUCGAAGAUCUCCAGCGUUUUUCCUCUUACUAUAUCCCCACGGCACUAUCUCUGUAUUUGAGAUUGAGUCGGCAUCCCGCAACGCGUGGCAGCGACCUGAGCUUUCUCGAAGUGUACCUGCUGGCGGCGUACAACAUCGAGACGUGCGAUCCUGAAGGGAAGGAAGUUGUUCACUCGUUCUGCGUCCCCACACUCUUCAAACCGUCGAUCUAUCAUGAAAGCGUAGCAGUCCCGGCAUCGGUGGCUCUCACGGAAAACGCGCUACAUCGACUUGAACAGGGCGCCCUGAACGCGAAAGUAGUUAUCGGACCCUUCAAGGAAGCUCUUCGCUUGACACGGGAUAACGUCCAUCAUAUAGCAGCACUUCUGAUGCGAGUGUAUAACGCCAACAUUUCGUAUAUGCCAAACAUCUCGCGCGAGGCCACUCUGCGUGGCGCACAGAAAGUCAUCUCACAGAAAGCUCCUCGUAUAGAACUGAGCCCAGAGUAUCUGCUUGAAGUUCUGCAUUGCGCCUAUUUCUCCAUGUUCAAUGGACAGUAUGUUCUUGGUAACGAAACAUUAGCCAUGAUCCGCCUGCGGGGACAACAAUCGCUCCUGUUUGAAGUGAGUCUGGUCGCCAAUGCCAUGAAGCAGAGUCUCCUCGACUCGAAGGACAAAACCGGUGAUCCAAUGGGCAUCAGGAUCGUGAAUUCAAGUUUCAAGAACCUUACCAAGAACGUGCUCACCAACGCAUCUUUCAGAACUAGAAAACUCAGUGAGGAUGGUGAAGAUGAAGAUCCACCACCUAGCAGUAGCGCAUCAGGAGCUUCCAGGAGGGACGUGUAUAAAACUCAACUGCAUGAAACACUCGGGUCGAUCGAUGAGUCAAUCGAAAUAUCUCAGGUCCACUUAGAGAACGAGAACUCGGCAACGAUCACGAUUCACAAGAGCAGCUCAACAUCAUCCGGAAAAGUUCGUAAGGGAUCAUUGGUGCUUGUCGACAACGAUGGAACCACAGUCAGCAAUGGUAACGGGACGGCCACAUCGACGAACGUGUGACCAUCUACGGAGCGACCUCCCAUCAAUUAUUGACACACGGAAUACGUAUCUUCGAGAAUCAAGCGCUCGAGGAGCUCCGUGAGCUUCUCGGGAAGGGCCUGUGUCUGUAUCCAAAUCAUUGUGAUAGAGGUCCGUAGGAGCGUGUAUCUCAUGAACUGGUCUCGAGUUCUAGGAAGCAGCAACAUAUGUCCUCAACAUAUGCUAGAGAUCACGCAACCGAGGGGUCUUAUGGCUACCGGACUUAUCGGUCCAGAGGUGAUUCCUCUCCGAUCGAGUGCAUGGGAAUGAUUCUUACUGGUUAUAUUCCUGGUCUGAUCCGCCUGAAGGUCAAAUUUUAGAGAGGAUUCGGGAUCCCUCGAUUUUAUUCCGACGGAAGAUAUUUUCGUGGCCGGCCAUUCGCGCCACACGGAAACCGGGUUACCGAAAUCCCUGAGCCGACGAAAUUACGUUGGGUGUAAAUCGGCUCUUUCCUCCCCUCGCUUGUCUUUCCGAAUCGAUUCUGAUCGGAUUCCCUGCCAGAAUCCGUGAUUCCUACGCUCUCGGCAGGCCUUGAUUCCCGCUCGUUCCCGAUGAUCGUUGAAACCGAGGACGCAUUAGAGGGUCCCCGGCGGAAAUUUCGAUGCAAUAAGAUACACUUCAGUGAGCUGAUUCCUGAUUGAUUGAAUUGACUAGGUAGUAAAAAAAAGAUAGAUUUUCCGAACCUCGAGACGGAUGGAAUGGACCGACUCCCAUCCCGGCUCUCGAAGAGUCGGAGGCUCUUCGAGCUGAUUCCAGGAGAAGAUUGGGACGAAGGAAAGGACUUCUCUCAUUUGUGGGUCUGCAUGGAUUCCGUUGGACGUUUUCCGAGCAUGAACCGCUCCGCUGAAUCUGUUACUUACUUAGCACUAUCGAUCAGCUAGCUGAUCGGAUACGCAUUGGAGUCAUGUUGUUGUCAGAAUCUAUAGAAUGAGCGUGACACGCGCCUCGGGGAACCCGAUGUCGAGGCAGGUCUGUUUUAAAGGAACGUGCACCGUCGUUCUUUCAUGUCGAGAGCAUCCGUGAGAGGAGCUCCGGAUUCUGAGUGACAUGAAGCGUAGAUGUCAUGAUGAACAUCGGGUGUAGAGGGAGUUGCGAAUGCGUCGAGAUGAUUAUCAUCAUCAUCAUGCCUAUUAAAGAGGUCUGCGUGCCUGACUGAGUCAUAGAGUGAGAGCCGGAACGAAAGCUUCGUUGAUGAAGUGUCCGUAGCGGAAGAUGUGGAGAGAUGUCCUUGGAACGUAAUGUUGUGUGAGUGUUUGACGAUGGGGUUAGCGAUUAGCGAUCAGAGUAUUGAAACGUUGUUGGCGAUACUCAUCAGAUUCACACUCCAUUCUUCUGAGAGCGCGUACGGUUUAUGCAAUUGAGCAGUCGAUGCGAUGUGAGAGUUUGAAAGAGAGGCGAAGUUCUGUUUCUUCCACAAUGAUAGAUAGAUGAACAGCUGAGAAAAAAACAAUAAUUACGAAUAAUA